AUGUCCUCCCAAAGAGGGAAUACCCAACGGGGGCGGGGCAGAGGAGGCGAUCGUGGUAGUAGAGGACAAGGUGACAGAGGUGCCAGCCGUGGUGGUCGCGGAUCCACCACAGAGCUACCCAUCCGUCAGGGUCCGCCUGGGGGGGAUUUUAGAGGUCGUGGUCGUGGAGCAGAUCGGGGACGUGGUGGAGAUCGAGGACGUGGAGCAGAUCGGGGACGGGGGGGAGGAGAUAGAGGACGAGUGACGCUGUAUGCCAAUUAUCUUGACUUGAAGUCGUCUAGCGCGCAACUAUUCCGCUACCGUGUUGAGAUCUCGCCCGAUUCAGCGACCAGGAAGUCCCCAACAGGCAAGAAAGCCCAGCAGAUCAUUAAACUCCUGAUUGAGCAGAAUUUCCCCGAGUUGGGUAAGAAUAUUGUUACAGAUUACAAAUCUACUUUGAUCACCAACCACAAGAUCCUCCAUAAUGAGGAGACGUAUCAGUACGAUGUUCGUUAUCGCGGCGAGCAUGAUGACGAGUAUCCUGAGAAUGCAAAGGUCUACCGAGUUACGUGCCAGUUCACAGGAAGACUCAACCCUGCUGAGCUUCUAGCUUACUUAACCUCGACCAAUCCUGAUGACCAAUUUGGCUCUAAGGCGGAAGUGCUCCAAGCGAUGAAUAUCAUCCUAGGAAACCACCCGAAAAUACAGGAUUGGAUUGCUUCCGUUGGUGCGAACAAGCAUUAUGCCAUACGUGGGGACUUGUGCGAGAAAUGGGACCUCGGUGCUGGGCUUGAAGCCCUUCGGGGAUUUUUUAUUAGUGUUCGUGCAGCUACUGCUCGCCUUUUGCUCAACGUUCAAGUAAAGUACAUCGCCUGUUACCAGGAAGGACCGCUGAGCCAUGUGAUAAAAGAGUAUCAACGCGGAUACCGUGACAUCAACAGCCUUAGGAGGUUUUUGGUGAAGUUGAAAGUCAAAGUAACACAUAUUAAGAGAAAGAACAAACGAGGAGAGAUCGUUCCAAGAAUAAAAACAAUCGCCGGUCUAGCGACCACCAAUGAUGCCAGACACGGUGCAGGACCAAAGGAAGUAGAGUUCUUCCUAGAAGCUCCUGGCCAGCAGCCCUCCCAGAGCGCAUCUAGCGGCGCCAAAGGCAAGAAGGGCAAGAAAUCUGCGAAGGCAGGCCCUGCACAGGCCGGCGGGUACAUCAGCGUGGCCGACUUCUUUCGCCAGAAUUACGGUACAAUGACAGAUCCUAACAUGCCUGUGAUCAAUGUUGGAACAACAGAGAAUCCAAGCUACUUGCCUGUCGAAGUCUGUGAGGUUGAGCCGGGUCAGCCUGCAAAAGCAAAGCUCUCCCCACACCAGACUAGAAACAUGCUGAACUUUGCCGUUCGCCCUCCCCCGGAGAAUGCUGCAUCUAUAGUCACGACAGGUACUCGGAUGCUUGGUCUCUCUCCCCAGAGUCCUACUCUUGAGAACUUCGGCAUACAGCCAGACUGUAGCCUCAUUACUGUCCCAGGUCGGGUGCUCCCAGCACCGAAUGUCUACUACAAGGAUGCGUCAGGGCAGUCGCAAAAAACCGUGUCAGUGAAGCCGCAGUUUGGCAGCUGGAACAUGAGAUCUAUCAGGUUUUCAACGUCGACCAACCUCUCAGCCUGGACUUGGCUCGUGGUAAACGUCGAUGGGCCCAAGCCGCCCUUCACUCGCCAGGAGGACCUCGACAACGCCCUGAAAGGAUUCACAGCCAAUCUGAACGAGAUGGGCGUUGCAGCACAGCGAGCCAUGGAAGGUGAAACCAUAACUGUUAACAAAAACAAUUUUGAGUCUGAAAUCACGGCAGCAGUUGGGCGACUCAUGAACAAGAAGCCCACCUUGAUCCUCUCGGUCCUGCCAUUCAGCGAUGCGGAUUAUUACAACUGCAUCAAGAGAGCAUGCGACUUGACGUACGGCGUGCGGAACAUCAACGUCCUAGCUGAAAAAUUCCGAGGGGCAAAUCCCCAGUACUUCGCGAACGUCGGACUAAAGGUCAACCUGAAGCUAGGCGGCGCCAACCAAAUUCUGGAUCCAAAAGAACUAGGCCUCAUCGGACAAGGCAAAACAAUGCUCGUCGGCAUGGACGUCACUCACCCAUCCCCCGGAUCAUCCGCGAACGCCCCCAGCGUCGCAGGCAUGGUCGCCUCCGUCGACACAAGUCUAAGCCAAUGGCCCGCAGAAAUCAGAGUACAGAGAUCGCGCGAGGAAAUGAUCCAAGACCUGAGCGACAUGCUGAAAGCCCACCUCAAGCGCUGGGCCCGCUCCCACAAAAACGCUUACCCAGACAACAUCAUCGUGUACAGAGACGGCGUAUCAGAAGGCCAGUACGAACUAGUCGUCCAAAAGGAGCUCCCGCUCCUCAAGAAUGCCUGCAAAGAGACCUACCCAGCCACCGCAACAAAGCAAGGUCUCCCGCACAUCUCCAUUGCCAUCGUCGGCAAACGCCACAACACCCGCUUCUACCCAACCAAGGAAGGAGACGCAGACCGCUCGAGCAACCCCAGCAACGGCACCAUCGUCGACCGCGGCAUCACCGAGGCCCGCAACUGGGACUUCUAUCUCCAGGCUCACGCGGCGCUAAAGGGCACCGCUCGUCCCGCCCACUACUUCACGGUCUGGGAUGAGAUCUUCUGCCGACAGCGACCUAGUCCCCCGUACCAGAACUCCGCGGAUAUUCUAGAGGCUCUAACACAUCAUAUGUGCUAUCUCUUCGGUAGAGCUACCAAGGCUGUCAGCAUCUGUCCGCCGGCGUACUAUGCGGAUCUGGUCUGUACUCGGGCGCGUUGCUACCUCAGCAGUGCUUUUGAACCUUCUCCCGCUGGAAGCGUGGCCACGGGUAGUGGGCCGGGCCUUAAGGUAGGAAAUGCGGAUGUGCAAAUCCAUCCUCGUGUUCAGGACACCAUGUUCUAUAUAUAG